AUGCAGUUUGUUUCAGAAGGCGCGCCCUCCAAGGUUGCUUUCGUCACAGUCGGUGCGACUGCAACAUUUAAAGAACUAAUUGAAGAAGUGUUCGCAUCCCAUAUCUUGCAGGCACUUGUUAGGGAAGGUUAUACGAAACUUAGGAUACAAGCUGGGCCUGACGCUGAUCAUUGGAAAAAUGUUAUACCGGCAGUAAACGGAUUUGGGUUAAAAAUUGAAGUAUUCGAUUUUGACCAUAAUGGUUUGGGACAUGAGAUGCGACAGUGUAAGAAAGGGGGGUUCUAUGGCAAUGGCAAGAGUUUAGAAGGCCUUGUAAUUUCACACGCAGGUUCAGGAACAAUUCUCGAUGCGCUUCGAAUUGAUGUGCCACUCAUUGUUGUGCCUAAUACUUCACUUCUCGACAAUCAUCAAGCACAGUUGGCAGAUGAACUGGAGAGACAAGGCUAUGUCACCAAAGCAUUGGGUCCCCGGGAUCUAAAAGAGGCCAUUUACAAAGCCGAGAGAAAGAAAGACGAGGGGUCAUAUGAAACGAAGAACUGGCAAGGGCACAAAAACCCCAGUGUUGCACCAGUUCUCGACGAAGCUGCAAAUUACGAAGAGCAGGUUAGGAGUGUAUUGGACUAG